AUGGACGAACCGCAGGUCAUCAUCGGCACCUCCAGGAGCGAUAUGCUCGCCAGCAUUGAGCGCAACGGCCGACACCCUGACACGCUCGACCUUGGCUCAAAUCUGGCGCUCUACUUGGUGUACGGCUACCUCCCCAAGCCGCCCGUCUCCCCCACCGCCACCCUCUCGCUCGCCGGCGCGUCCUGGGUCCCCGACGCCGUCGACCGCAUCAGCCUCCUCCCGGAUGUGCUCCUCCGUGACAUCAUCUCCUGCCUCCCCGCAAAGGACGCCGCGCGCACCGCCGCCCUCGCCUCGCGCUGGCGCCCGCUCUUGCGGUCGGCGCCCCUCUCUCUUGUCGACAGCCAUCUGCUUCCGGACGGUGGCGCGUCCGGGCCGUUCAUCAUCGGCUCUCCCUCUCCCCGCGCCGUCACCGCCGCGGUGUCCAGCGCCCUCGCGGCGCACCUGGGGCCUUUCCGCUGCGUCCACCUCACCUGCACCACCAUGGACGAGCACCGAGGCGAGAUGGCGCGCUGGCUCGACGUCCUCGUCGCCAAGGGGGUCCAAGAACUCGUCUUUGUGAACCGCCCUUGGCCAAUUGACCUGCGCCUCCCCGCCGCCGUCUUCAGCUGCGCCUCCCUCACCCGCCUAUACCUUGGCGUCUGGAGACUCUCGGACACCACCGCCGUGCCGCGCGGUGUCAGCUUCCCCAACCUCCGGGAGCUGGGCCUCUGCUGGAAUGUCAUGGAGGACCGUGACCUCGCCUUCAUGCUUGAAAGGAGCCCCGUCCUGGAGUUCCUCGUCAUCAUGGCCAGCCAGACCGGAGUGCGCGUCCGCCUCGUCAGCCACAGCCUGCGCUGCGUUCCGCUCGGCCAUACCUUCUUGGAGAACAUCGACGUGCUGGAAGCCCCUCUCCUGGAGAGGCUCUUCCAGUGGCAAACUGUUGCCGGGGCCGGUAGCCGCGUCAUGGCGAACCGCUCUUUCAGGAUCAAGAUUGGGCGUGCACCUAACCUGCGUGUGCUGGGAUACCUUAAGCCAGGAGAGCAAGAGCUGGUCGUCGUGUUUCUCUGUCCUUGGUUGCAUAGCAGGCUGGGAGCAAGGAGAAGAUUGUCCCUAGUGUCAAGAUUUUGGCGAUAG